AUGGAUUUGCCUCAUCUCGCUCGAGUCCUCGACUCGACGCUUUCGAGCGAUCCUCAGAUUCGAGAGGAAAGUUCCCGAUUUUUACUCCGAAACGUCUUGCCGAGAAGCGAUGGAUUGGAAAGUUUACUCUUACUUUCCUCGUCGUCCUCGUCUUUAAGGAAUGGUGGUGGUAACGAGGGAGAGCAAUUGGUAUCGGACGGGGGUAAACUCGCCGCCGCGGUUGCGUUUAAAAACGGGAUUAAGAAGCGAUGGAUUGUAUCUGAUUUGGACGAGGAGGAGGAGGAGACUUUAGAGAAGUGGAAGGAAAUCGAACCGGACGCGAAGGCGAGAUUACGCGUUUUAGUCCUGGAAAAAGCGCUCGAGGAAGACGAGGCAUCGGUUCGUAAUACUAACGUUAAAAAUCAACUCGCGGAGGCUUUGCAAAUCAUCGCUUUGAACGAUUUAACGUGCACGCGAGAGUUUCCGCAGGGGAAGUGGCCGGAACUCGUGCCGAGCUUAGUGCAGAAGAUUGGUCGAUCGAUUCUCGUCGAAGGUGGUGAUAGUCAGAGAAGGGGAGAGACGUUGAUAAAUAGUUUGACGGUGGCGAAUGCGAUUUUUAAACGGUUUCGAGGAGCGACGAAGACGGACGCGUUGUACGUGGAGUUGAAGAUGGCGCUGGACGGGUUCGCGAAGCCUUUGUUGGAGGUGACGAGGGAGUGCGCGAAAAGAGUGUGCAGUAGCAGUGGUAGCAGUGGUAGUAACGAAGAGAAGGCGCAGAGGAAACAAAUGGUGAAAGCGUUGAGAUUGUGCUUGAGAAUAUUUUACUCCUUGAACUCGCAGGAGUUGCCGGAGGUGUUUGAGGACGAUAUCGCGCACUGGAUGGAGCUGUUUCACGGCAUGUUGAACGUCGGGAUAGAGAGCGGUGGGAGCGGUAACGACGAAUGGGGUGUUGAUAUGGACGCGUUGCGCGCGGCAAUUUGCGACGCUUUAAAUCUGUACGCGGAGAAGAACGAAGAGGAAUUUAAGCCAUACUUGGAAACUUUCGUCAGAGACGUGUGGACGCUGUUAGGCAAUUAUUCCAAGGAGAAAAGUAGCGAUAAUAAUAGUCAAUAUCAAAACAACCACGAGGAAGACGAGGAUGAAGUCGAGCGAUACCGCGAACGCGUCGCGUCCUCGGGGAUGGCAUUUUUGACCGUCGUUGCUUCCGGCGUGCAUCAUACGCUCUUCGAAGCGCCGGAAACGUUGCAAAAUAUCAUCGAAAAUAUAGCCAUUCCAAAUUUGCAAUUUCGGACGGAGGACGAGGAAAUUUUCGCGGAUAACUUUGCGGAGUAUUUGCGAAGAGAUAUGGAAGGAGGCGACCAAGAGACGAGGCGGAGGGCGGCGUGCGAACUGAUCAAAGCGUUAGCCGCCAAGUUUCCACAAAGCUGCACCGCCGCGGUUGGCGGAUACGUGCAACAGCUCUUAGCGCAGUACGUACAAAAUCCGUCCAUGUUUUGGAAAGCGAAAGAUUGCGCCAUUUAUUUGGUGUUGGCGUUGGCGGUGAAGAAGAAAACCAACGCGCGAGGCGCGACGGAGAUUAACGAGUUAGUAGACGUGGCGGACUUCUUCAACGCGCACAUCAGGAGCGAACUACUGUGCGAGAACGCGACGACGUCGCACCCAGUCGUGCGCGCGGACUGCUUGAAGCUCCUCACCGUUUUUAGAGGAUUCGUCCCGAGAGACGCAGAAUUGCAAAUGUUGCCGCAUUUGGCUAAGUUACUCUUGGAUAGCUCUAACGUCGUUCACUCGUACGCGGCAAACUGCAUAGAAAAGAUGAUGACCUGUCGCGAUUAUAGCCAGUUGCAGCAGCAACAGCAGCAACUGCAACAACAAAAUAGCACCAUAGCCGCUUCGGCGCCGGUCAAGUUUGCUCCGAACGACUUUGCGCCGUUCGCGAAUGAUAUUCUGCAAAACUGUUUCAACGGAUUUGAAUUGCAAGAUUCUAGCGAGAAUGAGUUCAUCGCGAAAUUAAUCGCGAAAACGUUGCGAUAUAUCGGUGGAGGAGGUUCAAACGCCAGCGGCGGCGGCAAGUUACUCGCCAACGAAGUAAUUUUUGCGUGUUGCGAAAAGCUUUGCAAGCGUCUCGACGAAGCCGCGAACAACCCUAGGAAUCCGACGUACAAUCACUUCUUGUUCGAAGCAACGACGGCGUGCGUGCAGUGCGUUGAUUUCUCACCGAAUUCGCAGGAGAAACAGCGCGUGGAAAGUGCAUUAUUCCCGACGUUCUUGGGAAUUCUCGCCAGAGACAACGCGGAAUUCACGCCGUACGUCUUUCAAAUCUUGGCGCUGAUGUUGGAAUCCGCGGCGGUACCGGCGGCGGGUACCGGCGGAGUCGCGGUUGGGAUCUCCUUAACCGAACAAUACUUACAACUCCUCCCAGCGUUGCUCGCGCCGCACACGUGGGACAGACAAGCCAACAUCCCCGCAUUAGUCCGAUUGUUAGACGCAUAUCUCAAAGCCGCGCCGGUACAAAUCGCCCAAUUAGGGUACCUCACCGGCGUCUUAGGGGUGUUUCAAAAACUCAUCUCGAGCAAAGCGCACGAUCAUCAAGGUUUUUACAUUUUGAACGCCUUCGCGAAGAGUUUAGAUUUAUCCGUCUGGAGCGAACAUUUGCCGACAAUUUGGCAGGUUUUGUUCCAGCGCUUACAAAGCGGCAAGACGCCAAAAUUUUGCCGAGGCUUUGUCGUAUUUUUGAGCGUGUUGGUCGCCAAGCGAGGCGCCGAGGCGGCGGUAUCGAGCAUGGCGACCGUACAAGCCGGGAUUCACGAGAUGAUUCUCUCGAACAUUUUCGCCGUCGAAAGUCAGAAAGUUGCCGCCAAAGAGGAGAAAAAGCUCGUCGCCGUGGCUGGCGCGCGAUUUUUGUGCGAAACGGAGUUGUUGAACACCAACGCCCAGUGUUGGAGAGACGUGUGCGCGGCGUCGGCGAGGUGCGUAGACGCCUACGUUUCCACGACCGACCAAGACGGGAAAUCAUUAGCACCGAAUGGCACCACCACCUCCAACACCGAGAAACUCGCCGACGACAUCGACCUCGCGGACGAACUCCUCGAAAAAAUCGAGCAACAAGGCGGCUACUCCGCCUCUUACUCUCAACUCUCCGCCGCGAAAGUUAAAGGCGCGCGCGCCGACGAAGACGUUUUGCGAGACGAAGUUCCGGACAUCGAAAUAUAUUUCGGUCAAUCCUUGGCGCAGUGCGCCCAAAAAUGUCCAGGAGACGUCCUGAAAUCCACGUUGUCGUUGCUGGAUGGGGACGUGCAAAGUUGCGUCGCUCGGUGUUUCCAAAAGAUUGGCUUCGCUCUCUAA